AUGCCCCCUAGAAUACCGGCGCUGCCGCGCUUUGGCACAUUGAACCUCUGCCUCCGACCCGCCGCAAAGCCCGCUACCCCCAACUUUCUCCCCAUCGUCCAAACGGCCAACUUGUCCCAGCGUGAGAAGAAGCGCAAGGCGAAACAGGAUCCCUACCGAUGGGCUCAGGCGCAACAGCGAAAGGCUGCCAAUGUGCAACGGCGUGAGGAGCUCGCCCGUGAGAGGGAUGAGGCGUGGGGUGAUCCCGUCAAGGGAAAGACAACUCCCUUUAUAGAGUCUCUUGAAUCGGCUGGUCAAGAGGCUACGUCCCGUGUUCCUGUAGAUGGAAGUGGAAACCCGCUCGCCGAGGCACAUGAGCUACCGACAUCUCCGGAACUACGAAAUUACUUCCUUACCGACUCUGAACUCUCUGAGGCUGUCAAGCACGCAUAUACUCUUACCAAGCCCAUGAUCGGCGUGGUCGAGUCACAGAUGGAACCCGAAAGCGGAGUGGAUAAGGCGAAGCAACACGAGCAGCGCCACCAGAAGGCCAUUGAGGCCCUGCGCCGUAUCACAUCGCUCAGCAACAGCAGCGCAAAGGACCGCUUCCACGCCAACGUGAGACGAAUCGUUGAGGAAUUCGGCCGUCACAACACAGACCAGGUUCUGAAACCCAAGCCAAAGUCAAUUCAUCGCAACAAAGUGCAAAUGCCGGUCCGGAGCGGUCCUGAUACAGGCAGCUCCGAGGUUCAGAUUGCUAUCUUGACAACCAAGAUCAACAACCUCUCUCAGGCUCUGCAGAUCAACAGGGGAUACAAGGAUAAGCACAAUAAGCGAAACUUGAGAUUAUUGCUGCACCGUCGACAAAAGCUUAUGAAGUACAUGGACCGUAAGGAGAGGGGAAGUGAGCGAUGGACUCACAUGGUUGAGAAGCUGGGUCUUACACCUGCGACAUGGAAGGACCAGAUCUCGCUGUAA